GGUGAUCUCGCCCCUCGGCAAGUUCACCGGUCCGAACGCCGAAGUGACCAAACGGGCCAAGCUCGAACGCUCGCCCCUAUUUCAACGACACCUCACGCUCCAAAACAACAAAAUGCGUAAACAUUGCCAUACCCCCCUAAGAAACACGUCUAACUCCGUCUCCCGCCGUCACAAUGUCCGACCCACCAACACUGGUCCUGAUCCCCGGGUCAUGGCACCAACCGACCUGCUACAACAAGAUCACCAAGCUCCUCGAAGAGCAGCACCACCUCAAAUGCGUCUCCAUCACCCUCCCCUCCACCACCGGCGAUCCCAACGCCACCUUCAAAGACGACCUCGACGCGGCCCGCUCAGCCAUAACCGCUGAAACCACCGCGGGCCGCAACGUCGUCGUAAUCGCCCACUCCUACGGCGGCAUGGUCGGCAACAGCGCCAUCAAGAACCUCACCCAACGCCCCCCACCCGGUAACAAAACAGGCCACGUCACCGGCCUAAUCCUCAUCGCCUCCGGCUUCACCCUCACCGGCCUAACCUUCAUGGCCCCCUUCCUCAACCGCCCCCCACCCACCUGGCGCGCCAACACCCACACCGGCUUCGCCGACCUCACCGUGCCCCCCUCCACCCUCUUCUACCACGACCUCCCCGCCACCGAAGCAGCCCACUGGGCGUCCCAACUCCGCCCACAAAGCUUACGCUCUCUAUUCGAAGGCGGCGAGCACGCCUACGCCGGGUGGCGCGACCUCGGGCCCAGGGGUGUGUGGUACGUGGGCACGGCGCUGGAUCGGGGUUUGCCGGUGGUGGUGCAGCGGAUGCAGGUGGGUGCUGCGCGGGCGAUGGGGGUCAGGGUGGAGCAUCGUGAGUUACGGGCGAGCCACUCGCCGUUUUUGAGCAGGCCGGAGGAGACGGUGGCGGUGGUGGUGGAGGCGGUGGAGGUGUUUAUGGGGCGGGCGGUGCCUGGCUCUUCCGUCGUGGGCGGGGGGUCGGGAGGGAAGGGGGAGGUGGUGGUCCCGAGGGUGGGGUUGUGGGAGCCGGGGACGUGGUUUCGGUUUGGAGUGCCGCUUGUGCUGGGGCAUGUCGUGGGGAAGUGUGUGCUGGUGUUUUACUGGGGGAGGAGGCUGUGGACGGGGAGGUGAGGGGAGAGAAUGCGCGGCUGGGUUUCGU